AUGGGACCCAGGGCUCGGAGGGGACGCGCCGCGCCCGCUGCCAGGGACUCUUGGUGGGUUCUACUCAGUCUCAGUUUGCUUCUGAGGACUUCGGGGUUCCAAGCAGCAAAUGCCUCUAAACCCAAUAUUCUACUGAUAAUGGCAGAUGAUCUUGGCAUUGGGGAUCUUGGUUGCUAUGGAAACAAUACCCUGAGAGGCCAGUAUCACCCCUCCCACAAUUGUGACACCCAGGCCAAGCCCAGGCACGGCGACGAGUCCACUGGCAUGGAAGCCCAUGAUGGGUACCGCGCCCUCCAGUGGAACGGGGGAUCGGGUGGACUCCCCGAGAAUGAAACCACGUUUGCAAGAAUCCUGCAGCAACAAGGUUAUGCAACCGGCCUCAUAGGGAAAUGGCACCAGGGCGUAAAUUGUGAAUCCCGCGAUGACCACUGCCACCACCCACUGAACCACGGAUUUGACUAUUUCUAUGGCAUGCCUUUCACGCUUGUGAAUGACUGUGACCCAGGCAGGCCCCCGGAAGUGGACGCCAGCACGAGAGCGAGGCUGUGGUUUUACACCCAGGUGGCGGCAUUCGGAGUGCUGACCGUUGCUCUUGGCAAGAUUUGGGGGUUAAUCUCCGUGCCCUGGAAAGCGGUCCUGGGUGCGGCCAGCCUCGUCUUCCUCUUUUUUGCCUCCUGGUAUGCCAGCUUCGGGUUUGUGCGUCGUUGGAACUGUAUCCUGAUGAGAAACCAUGACGUCACUGAGCAGCCCAUGGUUUUGGAAAGAACCGCGCGUCUCAUGCUACAGGAGGCAGUUUCCUAUAUUGAGAGCCUCGAGAAAGUCCGGACAGAUCCAUGCUUUAGAGGUGAAAUCCUUCAGGCCAUUGAAGAAAACGGUCUGAAAAACACGACAUUCGCGUAUUUUACCUCUGAUCACGGAGGACAUUUGGAGGCAAGAGACGAACGCGGCCAGCUGGGGGGAUGGAAUGGAAUAUUCAGAGGGUGGCUGCACCAGUCUGCAUUCCCAGCAACGGUGCACGAGCGCUCCUUUCUCUGCACCCCGUCGCCAACCUGUGUUGGAUGA